AUGUCGUCCAAAGAAUCUCAAGGAGUGAAAUUUUCCGAAUUUAAUCCAUCCCUGCCGAUGGAUAAACUUUUACACAACUAUGAAGAGGCGAUGGAUAGCAAAAUCGAUGUCGACUCUACAGAUCAUGAGGAAAUAUGGUUGGAAUUUUCGGAAGCUGUUAGUGGUUGUGUGUGGAAAAUUGUCUUCGACUCGAAUAAUCUCAGUAAAGAUGAUGCGGCUAAAGCAAGUGCCUUGUUAAAAAAAUAUCGAGACGAUAGUGGAUUUAUAAAUCCCACCUUUUACAAUAAAUGGAUUUAUAAAUUUAGAGAUGAGUUGUUAAAGCGAAAACUUUUGGAUUUCUGGAAAAAUGAAGUGGUGGCCAAGGAGUUGGGUCCAUUGUGGGCAAGAGAUUGCGACUUUUUUGAUAAGUCCGAUGAUCCAGAACCGGCCGAAUUUUAUCGACAUGCUGAUAGUGAGGCUCCAUGGUUGUCGAAAAAGGAAAAGCCCACAGUAAUGCCACCAGAUCUGUUUGCAAACACCGCAGCUUCACCCAAAUCCCCCAGCACCACAACAGCUGGGUCAACGGCCACCUUAAAGGAAAUCAGUUUAGAUAAUGCCUUGGCUGACUACAAACACAAUAUGGCAGCUCAAAACGACAUUGAUCCUGAUGAUGAAGAUGCUUUUACGAAAAUAUUCACCGAAGUUCGUACAAUUUUGUGGAAAUUGUUAUUCGAUGAAGCUACCUUGUCGGAAAAACGAAGCAAACAGGCAGCUGAAUUAUUGUUGGCCUAUAAGAGAGAUGCCUGUUUCCAAUCGCCAUACGAUUACAAUGAUUGGAUUCCGAAAGUUCGUGAUGAGCUAAUUAAACGUAAAAUGGUUGAUUUUUGGAAAAUCAUUGUCGAUCAGGAGUUGGGUCUUAUCUGGGCCAAGGAAUCAGAUUAUUUCGAUGACAUGGAAGAUCCUAAAAUCAAGGAAUUUUAUAAAAUCGGUGAUGAUAAAUUGAAGCAAGAGAAGAAAUAA